AUUUUUGUGGUUCAGUUGGUAUUUUGAACAGAUUUGAGGUUUUAUUCAUGUAUUUUGACUGAAAAGAUUAGAGCUUUUUGUGAUUCAGUUGGUGUUUGAAAAGUUUUAUGCAGAGUUUUUUUAUUUUUUAAUUAUCAAUUUUCCCUUAUUAGAGACAAAAUAUUUAAGAGUUCAAGUAGAAACUUUGAUCUUUUUGUUCGUGAGCUAGCUUUUUUGGAUUAUGGCCUAGUGGCGAUAUUUUACUAAAGGGGUUCGGAAAAUAAAAAUGUAGUGCAUGAACCUGAGUGUUGAUAUCUCUGUCUUGUUGUCCGUUCAUAUUAGUAGUCAUACUAUUAGUCCGGUACAUUUUGUCCUUCAAUUUUUGUUACUAUCUGUUAAUUCCCUGUACCUCGAUCUGGAUUUUCUAAUCCUUGUCCCUCAUGGCAUUUGUUUCUACAGGCACUAGAAAUCAAGAAAACUACAUCAAGAAACAGGAUAUGGCCUUAGAUCUUCAUUUCCAAGAACAAAUAGGAGAAACUGCUUCCUUUGUUGAGUGUGCUACUUCUUCAUUACAAAAGUGGAAGACGUUUGACGAUGAGCGUGAAGAAUACAAUCGCUCUGGAGGCUUUGACUGUAACAUAUGUUUGGACGUUGUUCGUGAUCCUGUGGUUACAUUUUGCGGUCACCUUUAUUGCUGGCCUUGCAUCUACAAGUGGAUUCAAUUCCAGAGCGUCUCAUCAAAAAAUCGUGAUCAGCAAAAGCCACAAUGCCCUGUUUGCAAGGCUGAACUCUCACAGAAAAUGUUGAUUCCGCUCUAUGGCCCUGGCAAAGCUACAAAACCAUCUGAAGACGACGUUGCAAGUAAAGACAUGGUUAUACCACAAAGGCCUCUAAGGCCAAGAUGUGGGGAUCACACACUUAUGGCAACUACCAAUUCACUUCCAUCGCAGCAACUUCACCAUCGAAAUCAGCCACAUUCAGGGGGCUACAUUGCCUCACCACCUGUGCUCAGCCUUGGUGGCACGACAACAACAAAUGUGUUACACCCCAUGCUUGGUGAAGUGGUUUAUGCACGGGUUUUUGGAAACGCAUGUCCAAACUCGUAUAAUCUUGCAGGCACUAGCAAUCAAGAGAAUCACAUCAAGAAGCAUGAUAUGGCCCUAGAUCUUCAUUUCCCACAAGCAAAUAGAAGAGGGUACUCCCUUAGAGAAGUCGAAGAUGUUUGAUGAUGAACGUGAAGGCAGUUACCUCUCUUGUGGUUUUGAGUGUAACAUUUGCCUUGAUCUUGCCCAUGAUCCAGUGAUUACCUUCUGUGGUCACUUGUAUUGCUGGCCUUGCAUCUACAAAUGGAUUCACUUACAGAGCAUCCCUUCUGAAAAUCCAGCUCAACGGCAUCCACAAUGUCCUGUUUGCAAGGCUGAUGUUUCACAAAGAACCAUGGUUCCACUCUAUGGCCGCGGUCAAGUUACAAAAACAUCUGAACAUGAAGUUCCAAGUAAUGAUAUGGUCAUACCAGAAAGAC